AAAACCUGCAACUUCUUAUAAAAGCUUAAUAUGUUCAAUUUUUAUCUCUAAAAAUCGAUCCGAUGAGUAAUCUACGAAGAACCCUCAAAACCAUUCAGUUUUUUCCGCCCAAAUCACUUAACCCAUCUCAUUUGAUCCUUUACUCUCUUCAAAGCCAAUGCUCUCUUCAUCAAAUCUAUCCAUCAUCAAUACCUGCAGCUUCUGUUUCUUCAGAUCGUUCUACAAUCGCCAAUGAGCUAGUGACCAUCUUCACCAAGCGAUUGGUUAUCCAGAAAAACCACGAAUUACGAGCUCUGGGAGCAAAACUAACGCCUGAAACAGUUGAAUCUGUCUUGGGCAGUCUCAAGAGUUGGAAGGUCAGUUAUGAUUUCUUCUCCUGGGCUACAGAACAAGAUGGGUACAGACACAACUGUUAUACAUACAAUGUCAUGGCUUCAAUCCUGGCUCGGGCCCAGAAAAUUACCCAGUUAAAGGUUUUGGCAAUGGAUGUGGUGAAAUCUCGGUGCCCAAUGACUGCUGGAGCUUGUGGGUUCCUUAUCCGCUGUUUGGGUAGCCAGGGAUUGGUAGAUGAAGCGAAUUACGUUUUUGAUCAAACCAAAUUGAUGGGUCUUUGUGUUCCAAAUGGUUACACUUAUAAUUGUCUGGUAGAGGUUCUUGCGAAGUUUGGUUCGAUUGAUUCGGUUGAGAUGAGGUUGAGGGAGAUGCAGAGUAUGGGUUGGCACUCUGAUAAGUUCACCUUGACACCUGUGUUGCAGGCUUACUGCAAAGCUGGGAAGUUUCAGAAGGCUUUGGAGGUUUUCAAUCAGAUUACCGAGAGGGGUUGGGUUGAUGUUCAUGUGUUGAGUAUAUUGGUGGUUUCUUUCACCAAGUGGGGUGAGAUAGUUAAGGCUUUUGAGUUGAUUGAGAGGAUGGAAUCUCUCAAUAUUAGCCUCAACGAGAAAACACUAUGUGUUUUGAUUCAUGGAUUUGCCAAGGAGUUCAGGAUGGAUAUGGCCCUCCAACUGUUUGAUAAAAUGAAGAAGUUGGGUUUUAGGCCUGACCUCCCAAUUUAUGAUGCACUAAUUGGGGGGCUUUGUAAGAAUAAGGAGCUUAGGAAGGCUUUGGAUUUGUAUUUAGAAAUGAAGGUGUCAGGGAUCCUCCCUGAUGUGAGCAUAAUUACUAAACUUAUUUCUUUGUUUUGUGGAGAUGGAGAUCUGGCUAUGGCAAGCCAGUUACUUGAAGAAGGCAUGGGGCGGUUGGAUGCAGAAGCUUCAGUUUUGCUUUUCAAUGCUUUUCUACGGGGGCUUGUUAAUCAUUGUUCGGUAGAUAAAGCCUUAUUGUUGCUUCAGGCAAUGGUAGGGCUUGGAUCUAAUUAUGGUGGUGAAGCCGUUUUUGAUAACUUAAUUAUUCUUAAGAGAAAAGUCAACCCUGAUGCUAUUUCUUUUAAUAUUGUUAUUGAUGGUUUAUGCAAGAGCAGUCAAUUGGAUGUCGCUCUAAUGCUCUUCCGGGAUAUGGUUCAAAUGGGUUGUAAAGGUAAUCAAUUAAUUUAUAAUAAUUUAAUUGAUGCAUUUUGCAGUUCGAAUAGAUUAGAGGAAGGUAUGGAGCUUCUGAAAGAGAUGAAAGAAUCUGGAUUCAAACCAACAGAGUUCACCAAUAAUUCCAUAUUUGGGUGCCUAUGUAGAAGGGAAGAUAUCUCUGGGGCCCUUGAUACAAUAAGGGAGAUGCGGGAGUAUGGGCAUGAACCUUGGAUAAAACACUCUUCAAUGCUAGCAAAACAACUGUGCAAGAAUGGGAAGGUAGUGGAAGCAAGUAAUUUUCUAAAUGAUGUGCUGCAAGAAGGCUUUCUUCCUCAUAUAACUGCAUAUUCUGCAGUUAUAGAUGGUUUUUUUAAGACAAGGGAAGUGGAUCAAGCUGUAGAGCUAUUCCAAGAAAUCUGUGCACGUGGAUAUCGUCCUGAUAUAGUUGCUUAUAACAUUCUCAUAAAUGGGCUAUGUAAAGCAGGCAGAAUAUUGGACGCCCAGAAUGUUUUGGAUGAAAUAUUGGAGAAAGGGCUUGUGCCCCCAGUUGUUACCUACAACUUACUGAUACAUGGAUGGUACAAGAAAAAUGAUAUUGCUAGGGCCCUCCUUUGCUUUUCUAGAAUGAUGGAAGGAGGACAGGAGCCUACAUUGAUUACUUACACAACAUUGAUAGCGGGUCUGUGUAAUGCUGGAAGACCUGCUGAUGCUCUCAGACUUUGGAAUGAAAUGGUGAAUAAGGAGUGUACUCCAAAUAGUGUUGCUUAUAUGACUCUCGUCCAUGGACUGUGCAAGUGUGAUGCAGCAGAUGCAGCUCUAGACUAUCUGCAUGAGAUGGAUGAGCCCACGGUAGUUACUUACACAACUGUAGUAGGGGCUUUGUGUAAUGCUGGAAGACCUGAAGAUGCUCUCAGACUUUGGAAUGAAAUGGUGGAGAAGGGGUGUUCUCCAAAUAGGAUUGCUUAUAUGGCUCUCAUCCAUGGGCUAUGCAAAUGUUGUAGGGCAGAUUCAGCCCUAGCCUAUCUCCAUGAGAUGGACAAGAAGGAAAUGAAACCAGACGCUUAUGUCUAUGUAGAAUUAAUAUGUGAGUUUGUGUCCAACGACAACUUUCCCAUUGCCUUUGAGAUUUUGAAAGAGAUGGUCCAAAAAGGAAACUUUCCUGAUCCCUUGGACAAGAACUAUCCAAUUGCAAUUGAUGCACUAGAUAAGUUGUCCAAGGAUUCCAGUACUUCUACAGAUGUAAAGAAUCUUAUUGCAGAGGGUCGCAUUCCAAUGAGUUGCAGGAUUUUGGAUCCUGGGAGCAAAGAUGGGGAAGAGCCAGUAAGUUAAUGCAGUGAUUAUUUUUUGUUAACCAUCUAUGGAGGAUGGUUUAAAGAAACAUUCUUAAUUCUGGCUGGGUUGACAGACUGUUUUCCACAUUGAAGGCUCAUAAUCCUUCUAUUGCCUAAAUGGUCACAUCACGCUAACUUUGGCAUUUAUCUUCCUGCAACAUCACUGAACAAGGUAUGUUCAUCUUUGAAUAAAUCAUUGACUUAAAUGGUUAACUGUCUGCUUGCCUAUUUGAAAUUGUUAUUCAAUUCAUACUUAUGCAGCACUGAUGUAGUGGAUAUAUGUGUUAGUCUGUUUGAUUCCUUUGUACACUGGAAACAUGAAGCUUCUGGUUCAUAGGCACA